UUUAUAUUCCCCCAAUUGUCCCAUUCUCAUCCAACGGCUCAAAAUCCCCCUUAACCCCAAAUCUCAAUUCCAACCGUUCGAUCAUCAGCAUCAAUCCACUCAUCACUAUCACCACCCCCAUUCACUUCCUCACCAAUCUGAACUCCUUUUCAGUUUCAGUUCAGAUCUGACCAAACCAAAACAAAACCAAAGCAAAACAAAUCAAUACACAUGCUAUUGUUAUCACACUUAUAACAAAAACACCAAAAUCAACAACAACAACAACAACAACUUCUUCAUUGGCAAUGGUGGAGGCACAAACAUGGACGACAAGAAGAAUGAGCAAUCCAAGAUUACUCUCACUAGACUCUAACGACCAACUUCUAGACAUACCAGCAACACCACCAAGUGAUCAAAGAAACAACAACAACAACGUAAUCGGAUCCAACAAUUUUCUAACAACAUGUUUCAUUAUCGCGUCUUGGUACUUCUCCAACAUCGGUGUUCUUCUUCUCAACAAGUACCUCCUCAGCUUCUACGGUUACCGUUACCCUAUCUUUCUCACAAUGCUCCACAUGCUAUCCUGCGCCGCUUAUUCCUACGCCGCCAUUAAUCUUCUCCAAAUCGUUCCGUUUCAGCAAAUCCAUUCCAAGAAACAGUUCCUCAAGAUCCUCGCGCUCAGCGCUAUUUUCUGCUUCUCAGUUGUUUGUGGAAAUACCUCACUCAAAUAUAUUCCUAUUUCGUUUAAUCAAGCAAUCGGUGCAACGACGCCGUUUUUCACUGCGAUUUUCGCUUUUUUGAUUACAUGUAAAAAAGAAACCGCUGAGGUUUAUCUUGCUUUGUUGCCGGUUGUGUUAGGGAUUGUUAUUUCGACGAAUAGCGAACCGUUGUUUCAUUUGUUUGGGUUUUUGGUUUGUGUCGGUUCAACUGCUGGGCGUGCUUUGAAGAGUGUUGUUCAAGGGAUUAUAUUGACUUCUGAUUCGGAGAAGCUUCAUUCUAUGAAUUUGCUUCUUUAUAUGGCUCCUUUGGCUGCGAUGAUUCUGUUACCGUUUAGUUUAUAUAUUGAAGGCAAUGUGUUUGUGAUAACGCUUGAGAAAGCGAGGAGUGAUCCUUUUAUUGUGUUUUUGUUGGCUGGGAAUGCUACUGUUGCUUAUUUGGUUAAUUUGACUAAUUUUCUUGUUACGAAACAUACGAGUGCUUUGACGCUGCAAGUUUUGGGGAAUGCUAAAGCCGCGGUGGCUGCUGUGGUUUCUGUUUUGAUAUUCAGGAAUCCUGUUACUGUCAUGGGGAUGACUGGGUUUGGGGUUACUGUUAUGGGGGUUGUGUUUUACAGUGAAGCAAAGAAGAGAUCCAAAGGUGCAUCUCAUUGAUGUUGGUGAUGUGGCGAUGGAUUCACAUUUUUUGGAUUUUCAUCGAGGCGCGAACGGGUACUUCUUACUUGCUUUGUUUUGUUGUUAAUUGUUGGCAAAAUUUUAAUGUUGAUUGAAUUGUAUUUCUGUGGAAUUGGAUUUGAUCAAGUUAUCACAGCAAUUGGACUGUAUAGGAAGAAGUGGAUAAAGGGAAAGGGUUACUUAGUUAUGUUUGUUUUGCUAUUGAUGCUGUGUAACUUUAUAAAAACAUUUGUUGCUCUUUUGCAACAUACAUAAAUGAUUCAUAGGGGGAAAAGGCUACAUUUGUGUAUUUGGUGAGGGAGGAAAAUUCUCCUUCACUUUCAUUUUAUUAAUCACAUCGUCCAUUAUUUCA